UAACAUGAAUACUAAUAAUUAAGUUCAUCACAAUUAAUAUUAUACAUCUGAAAACUAAGUUAUUCAUCCUUUGCAUAAAAUAGAAUUUUGCAAAGAUUUUAUAUUAUGUAAAAAACAAAUAAAAAAAUAUCAAUUAAAAAAUAAAAUAAGAGAAAUGUGCAAACCCCUAAUGUGAAUAAAAACAUAUUAACUAUUCAGAAUUAAGAAAACAAAUAAAAGAUAUACAUAAACCUUAUAAAAAGCAUUUAUGUAAAUUAUAUGAAUAAGGCCAAACAUGUAAUGAAAAAAAAUAAUUUUGUUUAUUUGCACAUGGAGAAGAAGAUAUAUGGGUAUAUUUAUUUUUUUAAAAAAAAACUGAUUUAAAAAAUAAAAAUAUAGAAUUUUUAAAAUAAUGAGGAUAAUAAUUUUUAAAAAUAAAAUGAAUUUUAAAGAAAACCAAAAGAAGAAUUUUAAAGAAAACCAAAAGAAGAUAAACUUGAAAAAAAAGAGAAAAAAGAGAUUAAAUAAUAAAAAUUUGAAUUAUAAUAUAAAAACUCAAAUAGAACAAAUUAAAAUAUUAAUAAUAAUAUAUAAUAAAGGAGUUACGAAUAAGAAGAAAUUGAUUUUGAUAAAAAAGAAUAACAAUUAAUGUAAGAAAUAAAUCAAAAUGAAGAUUAAGUAUUUUCAAACUGUUCAGAAUGGGAAAGUGAUACUUAAGAAAAUGAAUCAUUUAGUUUAAAUAAAGAAGAAUAGAAUAAAAUUUAAAAUCUAAAAAAGAGAAUAAUUGGUAUAAUUUUUAUAAAAAUAAUGAAUUUUUGAUUUAAAAUGAUCAUUAAUAUGGUGAAGAAAACGAAUUUGAUUAAUAAUAAAUAAAUUCUUUGAAUAAUUAUAGAAAUAAUAUGAAAAAA